UAGUUGGAGUGUCUUAGUUAAGAGAUUUUGAAAGAUUUGAAAUCUGAUGAUGACAUUAUUACAAUAUUAGCAAAAAAUGUAUUAGGAAAGAAGAAAAGUAUGACCCACCAAAGUGGCCCAUUGAUUUGGCUAAUUGCAAUCUAUGCUUUCAACAAUGAACACCAUUUGCUUGAUGAAAAUGGCCAAAGAAGUUCAACAACAGCAACAUCUUCAACUGGUUCUCUCUCUCUCUCUCUCUCCCACUUCGAUAUUCACUCAAACCCACCUUCCUUUGUCUUCUCUCCUUUCCAUUUUUCAUUUUUUCUCUAUUGGGUUUCUCUGUAAUCUUUCUCUAUGGACCGAAACGAAAAGCAGCAGCAACUCUCUCUGGCCAAGAGCUCACGCCAUCGUUGUAGUGAAUGGAUCUUCCGGGAUGUUCCCAGUGAUAUUACUUUAGAAGUAAGUGGAACUACAUUUUCAUUACACAAGUUCCCACUUGUCUCUCGAAGUGGUCGAAUCCGAAAACUAGUGGCUGAACACAGAGACUCAGAUAUCUCAAAGGUGGAGCUUCUUAAUCUACCAGGAGGAGCUGAAACAUUCGAGCUAGCAGCCAAGUUUUGUUAUGGCAUCAACUUCGAAAUCAUGUCCAUAAAUGUUGCUCAGCUCUGUUGUGUUUCGGAUUACCUCGAAAUGACUGAAGAGUACUCAAAAGACAAUCUUGGCUCCCGAGCUGAAGAAUAUCUAGAGAGCAUUGUAUGCAAGAAUCUUGAAAUGUGUGUUGAAGUUCUUCAACAAUGCGAGAAUUUGCUCCCUCUGGCAGAUGAGUUAAAGGUCGUAUGCCGUUGUAUAGACGCCAUAGCCUCAAAAGCUUGCGCUGAGCAAAUUGCUUCGAGCUUCUCUAGACUUGAGUACAGCAGCUCAGGGAGGCUUCAUAUGAAUAGGCAAACAAAAUGCGAAGGAGAUUGGUGGAUUGAAGAUCUUUCUGUUUUGAGAAUAGAUUUGUUUCAGAGAGUCAUAACAGCCAUGAAGUGUCGUGGAGUUAGGCCUGAGAGCAUAGGAGUUUCACUAGUGAGCUAUGCUCAGAAAGAGUUGACCAAGAAAUCCAGCUUGUGGAACCCGUCUAGCCAGACAAAGGUUGAUCUUGUUUCAGGCUCAAAUGGGCACGAAAAGCUUGUGGUUGAGACCAUUGUUGGCCUCUUACCAGUCGAGAAACUAGCUGUUCCGAUCACUUUCCUUUUCGGGCUUUUGCGUAGUGCUGUGAUGCUUGAUUGCACCAUUGCUUGUAGGCUUGAUCUCGAGAGAAGGAUUGGAUCACAGUUAGAUAUUGCCACACUUGAUGAUCUUCUCAUCCCAUCUUUCAGACACUCAGGGGAUACUCUGUUUGAUGUUGAUACAGUUCACAGAAUUUUGGUCAAUUUUUCUCAGCAAGAUGAUAGUGAAGAAGAAAUGGAAGACGUCUCUGUAUUUGAAUCUGAUAGUCCUCACUCACCUUCUCAAACGGCAUUGUUCAAAGUUGCCAAGUUAGUGGACAAUUACCUUGCUGAAAUUGCUCCCGAUGCAAAUCUAAAACUUGCCAAGUUUUUGGUCAUCGCAGACUCUUUACCAGAUCACGCUCGAACCUUACACGAUGGACUAUAUCGAGCCAUUGACAUAUACCUAAAAGCUCACCAAGGAUUACCAGAACCAGACAGAAAGAAACUAUGCAAACUGAUAGACUUUCAAAAGCUAUCCCAAGAAGCCGGAGCCCACGCAGCACAAAACGAACGACUCCCUCUCCAAUCAAUAGUCCAAGUUCUCUACUUCGAGCAAAUAAGGCUGAGAAACUCUCUGUGCAGCUCUUAUGGAGAUGAAGACGGUGGUGGUGGUGGUGGCGGCCCCAAGCCAACUACCAUCCACCAGUCAUGGCGGAUAAGCAGUGGCGCGCUCAGCGCAGCCAUGUCUCCACGAGACAACUACGCCUCGCUGAGGAGGGAGAACCGAGAGCUGAAGCUGGAGCUGGCCCGGCUGAGAAUGAGGCUGAAUGAUCUCGAGAGAGAACAUGUUUGUAUGAAGAGGGAUAUGGAGAAGUCAAGCUCUCGAAAGUUCAUGACUUCUUUCUCUAGAAAGAUUGGUAAGCUUAGCUUCUUUGGACAUAGUUCUUCGAGGGGUUCAAGUUCACCAUCAAAGCAUUCUUAUAGGACUGAUUCUAAGGUGAUUGAGAGAACUUGUGCAAGCACAGAUUAGAUUUAGUUUUUGUAUGUUACCAAUACACUUUUUUUUUCUUUACUAUAUUUGUUGAUUAGCUUCAAGUCAAGCUUCUCCUCCACUGUGAUGACCCUUUUUCUUCUUCUUUUUGGGCCAUUUUAUUGGCUAAACUUGUAAAUGAGUUGUGUGAGUGUAUCUAUGAAUUUUGUUUUUG